CGAAAAUAUAUUUAUUUUUCUUUCAAAAUCUCUUAACAACUGAAAUAAAUACUUUUAUUUUUUUUAUUUUUAAAAUAUGGGAAAAUACAAAAAACCUGCUAUACUAAAUAAAAAGAAACUUGUUGAUGAAAUAAGUGAUCCUGAAAUGGCUUAUAUGAAACGUCAACUAGAAAUAUUAAAAGCUGAUAAUGAACGGUUGCGAAAAGAACGACUUAAAAAUGACCAAAACUCCAGUAAAACUUUAGCUUUAACUGUAGCAAGCAUUGGUAAAAAUUCUAAAGCUAAACAUAUUAAUAACCAUAAAAAAUCAAAUAAGGAGAUUAGUGACUCUGAAACUAAUAUUUCAAAUAAUCAAAAAGUAUACAAAUAUAACAAAACACGUAAAAUUAUUAAUGUUUCAGAAAAUUCUGAGACAGAUGAGUUUACUUAUAAGCAAUUAUUAAAGAAGCGCAAACAUCGCAAAAACAAACAAGCAAAUAAAGUAACAACUAUAUCUAGUGAUUUUGAAACAAAUAAUGAACAAAUAUUAUUAAAAAAAUAUAAAAAGAAAAUAAAUGAUAAUGAAAGUGAUAUUGAAGAUAUGUCAAUUUCUCAAAAAACGAAAACACCAAUUGCAAAACCAACUAACUUGAAAUGGUAUGAUCUGCCAAAGCUAUUGUCACUUGAUAAUAAAGUUUAUGCAUCGUAUAGAAGUGCUAUGCGUGAAUUUAUAGCAGAAAAAUGGAAUGGAAAUACUCCAGAAUAUCGCAAGAUAAGUAUGACUAAAAAACGCUAUUUGGUUGAAAAGUACAAAUCAAAUAAUCCAGAUUUUCCAUUAUCAAUUGGUGAUUGGGCUAUUCAAAUGAUGAUGCGUCGUGCUAUUAAUCAACAGCGUAAAGUAGAAAGAAAAGUUACAAAGAAUGUUAAGCAUUCUCGUGUUAUGAAAAGUAAAGUGAUGGUAGCUAAGACUAAUAAAUCUAAUAAAAUUCAUGACGAUUCAAGAUCCAUUAAUAAAAAAUUGGAUACCAAAAAGUCUAGAAGAAUUUUAAAAAUGCGACAAGAUAUAGUUAAUUCUAAUAAUUCCGAAAUUCAAAAAAGUAAAUAUGGACGAAAGGUUAAUAAUAGCAAAAGGAGUAUGCAAGAAGCAGAUCAAGGCGAGGAUACGCAAGAAAAUCAAAAAUCUAAUAGACGAUCUAAAAGAAUAGCCAACAAGUUAGCUAAUAGUAAUACUUAAUAAAAAUACAGAUUCAAUAU